GUACGCCGGAGGAACCGGCACCGUGUUCGCCGGAAUUCUUGGUCCAGAGAAGCACUCUGAGUCCAACGGUGGCUACAACACAGGUCCCAAAGAUGCCUGAUAGAACUCGGGUGGAGGCCAAGGAGAUUCGGCUCUCGGACAUGCCACCAGUAACACUUGAUGAUAGCAACAUGCACACUAAAACAGAUGACACCUCCGAAAUGAACAUUCCAGAGGAUUUCGAUAACCGACCUUCAAAAAAAGCAAAAAUUUCUGAAUCAGGUGUUUUGGAGUCAUCACCAAUGUCACCAACUAUGUCAGCAUCUAAUCCAGUUUCUAAAUGUUUUGAAUCGAUUGUGCCUGAAUCAGAAAAUCAGAUAGAUCAUGAUCCAUUGCCAUCACCUUCUAGCUCGACAUUAACUCCUGUUUUAAUAUUACAUGAUGUCAAGGAACCAGAUCCAAAUAAAGGGAUCAAAGUUGAUGAGACAUAUGAUUAUCUCCCACAAGACUAUACAUUGACCGACCAUGAUCUAUGUGCUCAUAUAGCAAUAGAAUCAUCUUUGAGUAAACAAUUGCUCGUGGAGAUAGAUGGAAGUUGUGUCUUGCAAAAUCAAUUGAUGUGCCUGCUAAAUGAAAAGGAGUGGAUAAAUGAUGAUGUGAUCAAUGCAUAUAUAUGUUGUAUAAAGGACCAAAUACAUCUCCAGAAUGAUAAUAAAGUAUAUUUUGAGAGUCCAUUUGUUACCUCACUAUUUAAACGAGAUGGCGAACUUGGAAUACAAAAAGAUAGUGCCUUCAUGACAGAGACUGUCGUCGAAUAUAUGCAACAUGACAUGAUUAAACUUCCAAUAAAUGCCAACAACACACAUUGGUAUUUAGCUGUUGUGAAUACAAAAAAAACGUGAGGUUCAAGUACUGGACUCAUUGUGCUGGGACUUUGACCGUGAUGAUCUCGCUCAUACGGUACGAGGAGUACAAUUUCAUUUGGACCUUCUUAAAAGUCAAAACUUGGUAAAAGACAAUUGGAAAGACGUUGAUCUCACUGAAUGGAAGAUCACAGAACAAUUACAAAAGGCAAUUCAAACAGACAGUUCUUCAUGUGGUUUGUUUAUGAUCAAAUUUAUGGAAUAUUUCACCGGAUGUGCACUAUCUUACCCAAUUACACAGGAAAUGAUUACUUCAUUUAGGUUUAAGUUAGCCAGCAUACUAUUAUGUUGGAAAACAAACACUGCAGCAAGGACUACAAUCGUUGAAGAAAGUAACGAUGACACUAAUGGAGAUCCUGAUGAUGUUCAAAUAUUAGAAAGCC